CAUGAAACAGUACGGGAAAAAUCUAUAUAUGCCCAUACACCAGUCAUGAACAAUGAAUAUUUCCAUUCUGAAUCGCUAAUCUAUUGUUACUUGUUAGUCUUGGGAUCUGAUUGCCAGAAUGAAGUUUCAUGAAAUCAAGCUUCCAUACCCCAUCAUCCAUUGUGCCGUCCCCGCCGCCCUCCUCGCGACGUGCCUUUUGAUCCUCGCCGUCGUGAUCCUGCCCGACCACCGCGAGCCACUGCUGCCGCCGGUGGCGACCGACGACGGCCAUGGCGGCAGCAACUUGUCGUGCAACAUCUUCAAGGGCGAGUGGGUGCCGGACCCGGGCGCGCCGCGCUACACCACGGAGACCUGCCCCGUGAUCCACGGCCACUACGACUGCGCGCGGUACGGCCGGCCGGACCUCGGGUUCGUCCGGUGGCGGUGGCGCCCCGCGGGGUGCGAGCUGCCGCGCCUUGACGCGGCGCGGUUCCUGCGCGCGGCGAGGGGCAGGUCCAUGGCAUUCGUCGGGGACUCGCUCGCCAGGAACCAGAUGCACUCGCUGGUGUGCCUCCUGGCGCGCGCCGAGCGGCCGUCGCCGUGGACGAACGCGACGAGGCACGCGUACCGCUUCGGGCGGCACGGGUUCACGGUCGCGUCGUUCUGGUCGCCGUUCCUCGUCCGCGCCGUCGAGGCGGACCCGGACGGGCCGACUGGGAGCGGAGCGGGCCUGUGGAGCCUCCACCUCGACGAGCCGGACGCCGGGUGGGCGGUGCGCGCCGGCGAGUUUGAUUAUGUGGUGGUCUCGGCGGGGAGCUGGUUCUUCCGCCCGUCCAUGUUCCACGAGCGCGGCCGCCUCGUCGGGUGUAACGGCUGCCUCGCGCCCAACGUCACCGACCUCACGCUCCGGUACCCGCUGCGGAAGGCGUUCCGGACCGCGCUCCGGGCGGCGGCGGCCGCCGCGGGCGCGCCCGGGCCUGGCGGCCGGCGCCGCGCCAGGACGGUGGUCGUGCGCACGCUCUCGCCGUCGCACUACGAGAACGGGACGUGGAACGCGGCCGGCGACUGCGAGCGGACGCGGCCGCUCGCGCGCGGCGGGUGGGAGAUGAACGCGGUGGAGAAGGAGAUGUACGCGAUACAGGCCGGGGAGUUCGCCGCGGCGGCGGCGGGGAGGGAGGGGAAGGGGGCGAGGAUGCUACUGCUCGACGCCACGGAGGCGAUGGCGCUGCGGCCGGACGCGCACCCGAGCAAGUACCGGCUGUGGCAGCCCGACAGGUUCAACGUGUCGCGCGACUGUUUGCACUGGUGCCUGCCCGGCGCCAUGGACGCCUGCAACGACAUGCUGAUCCACAUGUUGCUGCACUAGAAACAGGCCCGAUUCGACGAGUUGCCAUUCUUUUGAUGUUUGAUUUCGGUACGCCGUUAGCAGUCGUAGAGUGUUCUACCAUAAAUCAAGCUGCAGCUGACAAACAAUCACCGAGAAUAUGAGAUUCCUGCUGAAAUUACAAACAAUCUCGUGGAUUUUUAAUUGUAAUCGGUGAAGAGAUAAAAGCAAUACUAGAGACAA